AUGGAGAUUGACUACUUGAAGGUGCUUUUUAGCCUAUUUUUUCAAGUUUUUUCACGUAAAUGCAUUCAGAAACUGAUAAAAGAGAAGGAUGAGAUCAGAGAGUGUAUCGAGCUGGAGGCCAUCGAAAACGGAAAGGAAAUGAAGGAGGAAAUCGAGAGAUUCAAGGUGAAACAUUUUUUUCGCUGUCUCCAGAAUAAAUUCUUUUUUUUUUUACAGAAAACUAUCCGUAAAGCGGCCAGUGUUUCUGCUAAAACCACCGAAAUGGCCACCGCUCUCAUUCGCAAAAUCGAUGGAUACAUCUUGAAGAAGCAUUCCGAAUAA